AUGUCUGAAAGAAAAACCAGCGUUUGUUCUGCCAGCUGCGGCUGCAGCAUUGAAGCAUCAGCGCUUCUAGCUGCGCUGCCCGAAAAACUGCGAGACUUGCGGACAUCCUCAGUGGCUCUGGUUUACGGGCUGGAGCACAUCAAGUUCAAUGUUCAUAAAGAGCUUGGCCACAUUUGCUGGCUUUUUUCAAAAUUGGACAAGAACAGCUUGCUAGCCAUCAACAAUGGUCCUUUUGAUGCCUAUUCGUUUAUUGAGCAUAUGAAAAAUUUAAGCUCGCUCUGCAGUAAGUUGGCACGCGUUAGCGAAGUCCACGACAUCCGGGCUGCUCUGCAGGUUUGGAAGCUGCCUGUGGACUCAGCCGAACUGCGGUCUUUCGUGAAAAAAUUUACGGAUCAGCUACAGGAAGACAUCAGUGAUGAGCUCAUUCGGCCGAGAAAAACACAUUGA